AUGCCUCCCAAGGCCGCACCUGCGCGCACGGUGUGGGAUGACACGACCCGGACCGACCUAUUGCAGGCCAUGAUGGACGUGGCUCAUCCCACCGGGGAGGACGCAGCGCCCGGAAGACAGGGCAAUGCACUCGUCCCGCUGCAAGCUAUGCGCGAGAAGGUGGAAGAAGUCAAGACGGUGGAAGGAAGCAAGACAGCGGAAGGCAGCAAGACAGCAGAAGGAAGCAAGAAGCGGAAGAGAGACGACAAGGACAGCACGAAGAAAAAAAAGAAGAGGCGCAAGUCAAUGCGCAAGGGAGGACCACGACGUCGAAGUGGAGGGAGGAUAGAAGUGGGCAACCUGUGA